GGGAGGGAGGGAGGGAGGGAGAGCCCUGACUCCUUGUUGCAGGAAGAAGUUGGGAAACGAGCGGCGGCGGCGCUGGGGAAUUACCUGGAAACCACCGAGACCAUGGAUGAUACUUUGUUUCAAUUACGGUUUACAUCAAAACAGCUAGAGAAGCUGUCCAAGAAAGCAGAAAAAGACUCAAAAAGUGAACAAGCCAAAGUGAAGAAGGCUCUUCAACAGAAAAACAUUGAAGGAGCAAAGAUUUAUGCAGAGAAUGCCAUUAGAAAGAAAAAUGAAGGUUUGAACUGGUUACGGAUGGCUUCUCGAGUUGAUGCAGUCGCUUCGAAAGUGCAGACAGCAGCAACAAUGAAAGGGGUUACAAAACAAAUGGGACACGUAACAAAAGGACUGGAAAGGGCAAUGAAGUCUAUGGACCUACAGACUGUAUCUGCUGUCAUGGACAAGUUUGAGCAGCAGGUUCAGAACCUUGACGUCCACACUUCGGUGAUGGAAGACUCCAUGAGCUCAGCAACAACGUUGACCACUCCUCAGGAGCAAGUAGAUAAUCUCAUUGUGCAGAUUGCAGAGGAAAAUGGUUUGGAGGUCAUAGACCAGCUGAACGAACUGCCAGCUGGAGCGACCUCUCUUGGAGAAUCUUCUGUCGGUACCCAGAACCGGGAGGACCAGCUUUCACGGAGGUUGGCUGCCCUGAGGAAUUGAAGAUGCAUUCGAACGAAAAGAUGGCAUUCUCAUCCUGAAAGGCUUUAUCACCCUGUACUAUAUCUUGUACAAUGGUCUUGUGACACUUAAUGCACACAAUCAGAAACACUUACUUUGACCUGUUAGUUAGAUUAGCAGCUUCAACUUUUUAAUCCUUAAUUGGUAUCAAUCAGACGGCUCUUUGUAAGAGGAGCGAUAUUAAGGGAUGUGCAGAUGUUAAAAUCUUAGUUGUUAUGGUGGGGUUGUAAAUAAAAUGAUUGUUUUGUAGCAGGCAGAUCCCUAUAUUCUUUUAAUUAAUGUGAUCUCCUGAUGUAUAUUUGGUUUUUAAUUCUACUUAUUCUGCAGUGAAAGUACGAUACAAAUUGCAAACUUGUAGCCUUAACCCUGCAAUGAGACGAACAAUAGACUUGAACACCUUAGCCUUAGACAUUGUCGGAAUGCACAAGAUCAGUUAUGGCUUGAAGUUUCAGUUUGCAUUUUAUUUUUACUGUGUGAAAUUGUAGGGACUUCCCAGAAUGUUCAGUUGAUUAAAACAAUGUCUGGAGGGAAUUUACACCAAUGGAAGGGGUCAGGUCUGGGCACUGAAAAGCUGAUCUCGGCUGUAAAAGUGGUAGAGGUCCUAGAAUUCGCCUUAGCAUUGCUGAUCAAGGGAGAGGGGAAUAGAAAUCAGCUGGUUCCUGCUUUUGAUCGCUGUGAAGUGACUUGUAAAGUUUGUUGGGAUGUCAAGUGAAGAUAGAUCUGGCUAUCCUGUGAUUACCGAAAUAGCCAAAGGCAACGCCUGUGGAACCAUAGCCAAGCCUUAAGGAGAGAAGAGAAGAGAGGGAGCAAAUUAUAAGUGCCACUUCCUCCUUGGAAAAAAAACCUGAUGUUUCAAGUAUUUUGCCUUUCCAACUCUUGAUAGGAACUUUCAAUGCAGACUUUUUGCCCCAGUGACAACAAUUAGCUGCUUUAUUGAUGGGAAAAGUGGAGCUAUGAAUGCCUAAGGAUUUUAAGAUGUUCUUUUGUGUAAAUAAAUAUAUCCAUGUAUACUAAUCUUGUCCUGCAGAAAUGCAGGUGCACUUUUCAGCCAGAAAUGGUUUGAAUUGAACAGCAUUGAUUUCUGCUGCACUUGUACGACUGGCUGGCUAACAGCAGUUUUCUCUCUGCUGUUGAGGAAGACUGUACACUUAUGUUUGUACUGUCCUAGAGAAGGGUGCUUGGUUUACUUUCCUAUUAUUUAUUCCUAUUUUUUGUGUCUUGCAAUUGAAACUGUCUUUGAGGUCACCUAAGAGUUGAUAUGAAGGUUCUGCACUAUUAUUUUUGAGUCAGCUUUGUUAUUGACCUUUGUUCUGCUUCACAGACAGGAUGCUGUAUGUUUAGCACAGUAAGUGCCAUGGAAUUGAGAACUACAUUUGUACAGUGGAAACUUUCCUAAUUCUGCCCUGUAUUUCUUAUUUCUGAUUGUGUGCUAGUGGAUGACGUUUCAGUAGUAAACAUUGCUCGCUUUGCAGCUCUCUCUGCAUUACAAUUGACUUUAUUUUGUGGUGACUGGGGCAGUGUUCACCUUGGAACAUGCCAGUUUUUUACAUUAGACAAUUUAUUUGCGUGUAACCUUUUUCUAUUGUAUUCUGAUUUCUGGAAUGUGUGCGGUUCAGUCUUAAAGGGGCUGCAGCAUCUUGUUGGGUUUUUUUUGUUUGCGAAACCUAGAAUCUCCAUAGUACUUUCUGGGUGUGCCCACCAUAGCAGUAUUUAUGGAGUCGCCUCAGGUUUUGUAAUGGUGCUUUUGAAAUACUUUAGAAAUAAUUAUGAAUUAUAAAUGCAUAAUUUAUAAAUAUGGUGCCCCUGUCAUGUUGAAAAUACUCCCACUUCUUCACCCCAACUAUUGGUAUUGGUAUCAUUCUAGUUUUUAAUAUAUGAAGAUGCAGCUUUUUUAAAUAAUUGACAUUCUUGCCUUCUGUGCAAAUUUAGGGAUUGGAAAGGUUGAAUGUGAUUUCCUGAUGGGAUGAAGUGUAGUAAUAUGUGGACAUAUCACUACUUUGUGCAUCACAGCUGGUCACAUUGUUGAAUGAAGUGCAGUACUUUGCUCACAAACAGAAAAUCAAAAUAAUGUCUGCAGCUGAAUCUGGAAAAAGAUGUACUACUUUUCUUUGUUUUUUUUAAAAAAAAAUUAACUUAUGAUCCAGAAUCAAAUGAACAAGGUGUUCCCCCCUUCUACCCCUUUCCCACUCUCUUCCCCCCAUCCUCCCACCCGCCCCACACACAGACAUUCCCUAUUCCCUCCCAUUGUGCCUAUUUUAUUAGGAUAAUCUUUGAGAUCCCCUGGAGGGAGGAGAUCCUCUUGGGGGGACAGAGAGAGCAUUCCAUUCCAAACACCAGAACUUCCUUCUUUAGGUGGCAAUGCAUGAAACUGUUUGUUUGGAUAUUCUUAAGCAUCGUGAAGGGUUUCUGAUUGGGUCAGAACCCCACUCUCUGGCUGAACCCCCCUGGCUGAACCUCACUCUCCAACAAAGAGCUGUAGUGACCAGAUUAUCAGUGUUUGGUUUUGUCUCUUGUCAACACCAACGACUGCAUAUUCUUGACCCCGAAAAUGCGAUCUGCUCAUUUAUCAUUUAAAUACUACUGGUAAUAUAGUACACAAUGGACUCUUUAUCAGCAGUUUUCUCUCAACCUCAGUUAAUUUAACACAAAAUGUGCAGCUGUCGUUUUAGGUUUUGAAAGCGGAAGGCCACGUUUCUCAAAUAUCCCAGAAUGUAAGCACUUCAUCAGCCAAACAUCUUACAAAAAUGUAAUUGACGUUUCACAACCGCAACCUUUAAGGUGGAAAUCAAUCACGGAAUAGUUGUGGAUGUUUUUGCUCUGCUUUAAAAUUGAAGAACAGACCGAUAUGAGACUCCUUAAAUGGAUAACUUUCUGUCGUGCAAAUAUUGCCUUGCAAAUGGUUUGUCUAAUGGUGGCUGAAUGAUUCUUGCUGUGUUGUUUUGGUGAAGCGCAAAAUAAUAGCACCACUGAAGAUCUGAAUAUGCAUGUUAACCUCCACUGCAAAGGUGCGGGAAAUUGUUUAUUUUAACAAAUAAAUAUUUAAGACUUUUAUUUCAGUCCUGUGACUAUACGUAUUGUAAAGGUUGAAGUUUGCUUAUUCUAUUCUUUGAAAUAUAAGCUAGAUACUUAAUUAAAGACUCUUACUUGGAAGAAAAAAUCUGGUACUUGGUAAAUUUGAUUAAGCUAUGUGUUGCUUCUUUUGGAUUCUUAUCAGUUUUUUUUGGUGGGUUGAUUUGCCUCCACGUGCAAAUUAAUGUGGACGCUGACUGUUCAAAGUUUUGUUUAGUAUGUUUAUAUUUUGAAAUAAAGAAUUUAAAUCUCAA